AUGGCUUCCGUCGCGUCGGGUCUAUUUAAGUCUCUACCAAAACCCAAAUAUACAGGCGAGGAUGAAGAAAUUCCGUCUCACGCGCAGCAGCGUGGGCCCCGAGUGCUCGGCGCAGGCGCCCUAGAUGAGAGCCAGAUUGUGUUAAGGAGAACCGGACCUCCGCCGUAUGGUAACAGAACGGGAUGGCGACCGAGAGCGCCUGAAGAUUUUGGCGAUGGCGGCGCCUUUCCAGAAAUUCUCGUUGCACAAUAUCCACUCGAUAUGGGUCGUAAAGGCGGUCAAACAACAUCUAACGCUCUCGCAGUCCAGGUUGAUGGAGAAGGAAAAGUUAAAUAUGAUGCUAUUGCACGACGCGGUCACAGCGAUAAUCGAAUCGUCCAUGCCUCAUUCAAAGACCUCAUUCCGCUCCGACAACGGGUAGAUAUGGGCGAAAUAUCUCUCGAUCGGCCGUCGCAGGAAGAAGUAGCUGAACAGAUGGAAAAGACAAAAGAUGCACUGGCCAAGCUUGUUACUGGGGCUGUCGCAGCUCAGAAACCGAAAAACGUCCGCGGUGGACAGAGAGCUGAUCCUACGUUUGUGCGAUAUACACCGGCAAACCAAAUGGGCGAUACAAGCAGGAAAAAUGAUCGCAUUAUGAAGAUUAUGGAGCGACAGCAAGAUCCCAUGGAGCCUCCGAAAUUUAAACAUAAGAAAAUUCCUCGUGGCCCACCGUCACCACCUCCGCCAGUGAUGCAUUCUCCUCCACGAAAACUGACUGCGGAGGAUCAAGAGGCUUGGAAAAUCCCACCACCAGUGUCGAACUGGAAGAAUCCCAAGGGUUACACCGUUCCUCUCGAUAAGCGUCUCGCAGCAGACGGCCGAGGUUUACAGGACGUUACAAUCAAUGAUAAAUUCGCACAAUUUGCCGAAGCACUAUUUACAGCCGAUCGACAUGCCAGAGAAGAAGUCAGACAACGAGCACAAAUGCAGCAAAAGUUGGCUGAAAAGGAAAAAGCACAAAAGGAAGAGCAUUUGCGACAACUUGCACAAAAGGCUCGCGAGCAGCGGUCUACUGCGGCUUCCAGUCGUCGGGAGUCUCGUGCCAGGUCUUUUAGUGGUAGUCGAAGCCCUUCCCCUGCAUAUUCGUCGCGAUCGGCUUCGCCCAGUGAUGAUGAGUCGGCGGCGCGAGAGCGAGAGCAGGCUCGUCGUGAGCGUCGACAGGAGGCGGAGCGUCAACUGCGGCAAUCGCGCAUGGGAACAGAACGUCGUAUCCAGAUGAUGGCUCGAGAGCAGAAUCGUGACAUCUCCGAGAAAGUUGCUCUUGGACUGGCGAAGCCUACGCAGAAUACCGAGUCGAUGUACGACUCGCGCUUGUUCAAUCAGACUAGUGGAAUGAGCUCGGGAUUCAACGAGGACAACCCUUACGACAAGCCCCUGUUUGCAGCACAGGAUGCCAUUAGCAGUAUCUAUCGUCCCCGUGCACAGGCAGAUGACGAGUACGAUGAGGAUGCUGCCUCUGGUGAAAUGAGCAAAAUCCAAAAGAGUGGUCGGUUUGAGGUUCUUGGACGGGCAAAGGAGGGAUUCCGUGGUGCAGCGGAAGCUGAGGCUCGCGACGGCCCCGUUGAGUUUGAAAAGGACACUGCAGACCCGUUCGGAAUUGAUAGUAUGAUUGCUGAUGUUACUGGCGGCGGUUCAAGCGCCGGUCAAAAGCGAUAUGGAAUUCAGCAGGCGGAUAGAGAUGAAGAUGGGGGUCGCGGCUCGAAGCGGGCGCGAGUAGACGAGGAGGACUAA